GGUACAAUGUGGCAAAAGAAAGCAUGAGCAGUUGCUUGGUUUAGGAAGGGAAAAAAAGAUUACUUAAGUAUAUGCAAGUUUGUAAGUGCAAUCUUGAUCACAUACAAGGUUUUAGAGUAGAUUUUAGAAGGACUAUGACAAAAGAAAUACGGAGAAAUGUGAUUAAUUUAAGCAACCUGAUCUAGUGAAAGAUGUCCCUACCUACGGCGGGGGGGGUUGGAAGGAGAUGAUCUUUAAAAGUCCUGUCCAACCCAAACCAUUCAAUGAUUCUAUGAUUCUAACUGGGGCAAGAGCUCUUUAUUAUGACCUUGCUGCAGAAGAAAACACAUUGUGUAACAGCACUUGGCUGAAAGACUGGGUAGAUGUAUUAAUCUUUGGCUGAUGACAAGCUCAGAUGUGUCUGUGCAAUGUGAUGCAUCUGCAAAAAAUGUAAUCCUAGCAUAUGUUAAGAAAGAAAAUUUCCAACAAUGAUGAAGGCUUAUCACUGUCAGGUACAAAUGGACAAGCAACAGAGAUUUCUGGUCUCCUGUGCUAUAGAUUAAUUGAAACUAGGCCAACUGCACAGAUGCAACUGUCAAGGAAGAGUGUUUCUUAUGAGAUGGUAUUAGAACAGCCUGUCUUGUUUAAUGAAAAAGUAGCAACUGUGAAGACUAGGAGGUGAUAUGACUGCACUCAAUAAAUGCAAUAGAGAGGAAGAAGGGCUCUUUACUAUUAAGGGGAAUACUGAAAAAGAACAAACUGGUGCAAAGUAGCCAUUGAUACCAUUAGCUAAAUUUAGUAUUAAACCAAAUCUGCAUAAAUUGUAUCAUGUUCUAUUUGCAUAGUAAUUGUAAUUAAAAGACACAAAACCAGAAUGAAUUAUUGUUGUUGUUACUGUUUUUAUAAAAUGAACUCUUUUAAAUAUGCUGGAAGCAUAUAUUUGAAGUUAAAAUUUGCCAAGUACUGUCUAUAGUGAGGAAAUAUAAAUGUAAUGUUCCUAAUUAAUCUGACUUACAUAUUUUCUGACUACGUAUCUGUGCUGUUAAUUUCAGGGGAUCAAAAUUAAUGAGUCACACGUUGGGAAAACCAUGAAUUCCACUCCUCAAAUAAUUACAUAUUUCUUUUAUUUAAGAUUCUGUGUUCUGGUGUGUCUUGAGUUCUAUAUUUUGCUCUUUUUCUCUGCUUCUAGAACCUCCUGUUGUUUCAGAUCGCUCUUACAGUUCCUCAUCAGAAUCUGUAUUUACCUAUUUUAAUUAGGCCUGUAGUAUGUUAUUGAAAAAAUUAUUGCCCAAGAAACACAGAUAUACAGUAUAUUUUUCUAGUUCUCUCUAAGUAUGUGUGUGAACUGCAGAUAUAUUAACAUGCAAGAUUAAUUUCCAGAAGGAAACUUAAGUAGGCUUAAAAAAAUGACCUAAGUGCCUAGGUUUGAUUUGCUUCAACAGCUCCACACUCAAGUUUGUAAUUUAGAUUAAGGUCUUGGGAGGCAACUGUAUGCUUUGCUCAAGAGAAGGAAAACUUGUUUUUCUGGUAGGUGUGGCUGCUGUUACCGACCUUAAAGAACACCAGCCAUCUGAAAUAAAAUGUGUUGGCAAGUGUCUUAGAUAUCACACCAGCAUUUUCCUCAGUACUGUUCUGUAUUGAACAGUUCUUGCAAUUUAUCUUAAAAAUAUUUAAGUUUUUAUCUGGUUAGAAUAAAGACCUUGUAUAUUAUACCUUAGCAAAAAAUAAAUGGAGGACUGAACGGAACUUCACUCAGCUGUCUGCUUUAAAAGAACCCGCCAUGUACAGAAGCUGUUCCACACGUCUGACAUACAGAGGCAUUCAGGGUGUCACAUACUGCAUCAUCCAUCCCAUUAAAGAUGCAGCAGCAUAAAGUGCAAGGACAAAGAAAUUUGCAUCCACGUUUAGAUACAUUCAGAAUGUUGUGUGGUGGGAAAAAAUCUUACUUGGCUGCUGCUGUGUGCGUUAUUACUCUAACUUCAAUAGUCACACUUUCUUAUCUUCAGUUACAGAGACUUUCUCACCUGCCAAAAAUAAUUCAAGAAGGUAGCAGAUGUAGAGGGAAGAUUACCAAUAGCACAAUAACAGCAUUAAAAGAUAACAGAACUUUUAUUAUAUCCCCAUACUUUGAUGACAGAGAAAGCAAAAUCACUCGUGUGAUUGGGAUUGUUCACCAUGAAGAUGUAAAACAACUAUACUGCUGGUUCUGCUGUCAGCCCGAUGGAAAGAUGUAUGUAUCAAAAGCAAAAAUUGAUGUCCACUCAGAUAGAUUUGGAUUCCCUUACGGUGCAGCAGAUAUAGUUUGUUUGGAACCCAAAAACUGUGAGCCAACACAUGUAUCGAUUCAUCAGUCUCCACCUGGAAAUACUGACCAGCUGCCAAGGUUUGAAAUUAAAAACCGCAAAGCUGAGACCUUUUCUGUUGACUUCACUGUAUGCAUCUCUGCCAUGUUUGGAAAUUACAACAAUGUCUUGCAGUUUAUACAGAGUAUGGAAAUGUACAAGAUUCUUGGGGUACAGAAAGUGGUGAUCUAUAAGAACAACUGCAGCCAUCUGAUGGAGAAAGUCUUGAAGUUUUAUAUGGAAGAAGGAACUGUAGAGAUAAUUCCCUGGCCAAUAAACUCACACCUCAAGGUUUCUUCUAAAUGGCAUUUCAUGCAAGAUGGAACACACAUUGGCUACUAUGGACAAAUCACAGCUUUAAAUGACUGUAUAUACCGUAACAUGCAGAGGAGCAAGUUUGUGGUUCUUAUUGAUGCUGAUGAAAUAAUUCUUCCCCUUAAGCACCCAGACUGGAUGACAAUGAUGAGCAGUCUUCAGGAGCAAAACCCGGGGACUGGCAUUUUCCUCUUUGAGAACCAUAUCUUCCCAGAAACCAUAUCUACUCAUGCGUUCAACAUUUCAUCCUGGAAUACUGUGCCGGGUGUUAACAUAUUACAGCAUGUUCACAGAGAGCCCGACAGGAAAAAUGUAAUCAAUCCCAGGAAAAUGAUAAUUGAUCCGCGAAAGGUGAUUCAGACUUCAGUCCACUCUGUUCUACGCGCUUAUGGCAACAGUGUGAACGUUCCCAUGGAUGUUGCCCUCAUUUAUCACUGUCGGGUGCCCCUUCAAGGAAGCCUUCCCAGAGAAUCCCUCAUCAGGGAUACAACACUGUGGAGAUAUAACUUAUCAUUAAUCAUGAAUGUUAACAAGGUGCUAUAUCAAACCAUACUGUAAGCUCAAAAGUGAAACCUCGGUUAGAAGGAGGGAAAGCAGAGAGCUACUCGUAUGGUGGGGAGGCAGAGGGUAUAAUUUAAAGAUCAUAUUAAAAUCGCUUCGACAUGAAGCCUACAUCUUACAGAGAUUUAGGACAACAGCCUUUUUAUGUCCCGUACAAAGGUAAAUGCAUUUGAUUUGUGAACUGAAUCGAGGUACCUUGUAAGAGUCCACAGUGAUCGAGUGCUGGUUAAGAAUUGGGUUCCUCAGAUAAAGUCUUUACUGCAACUUUGUAAGACAUGAGAGCUGAGGUAUAGUGAGAAGACAGAUAGCUCUUUUAUAUGCCUAUAACUAUGAAAGGUCAUUAUUCAAGGCCUAGGAAGUGACCAUGCAGAUAUUAGAAAGUUAAUAUACCGAUUUCCAGCUCUCUUUUUCUUUUCCCAUCUUUAUAUAGGUUUUAGCUAGUACAAUGAACCUGUAAACUACCUGAAGAAGGAGUGAAUUAAUUUUUGGUUAUUUGUAUCUCUGAAGUGCUUGGUGGAUAAAAAAAUACAGCUGUGCUUAGUGGUGCCUGUUAAAAGAUGGCUUGGGACAGCAUCUCCCAAAUGAAGAGCUGCAUUGUCUUUAACACUGUAACUCAUUAUAAUCACAGAUGCAGGAUGAGAAGACACACCACCUGUAGCACUGAACUGUCACUUGUUAGAGGUAUUUCUUCUUAAGGGAAAUGGGAAUUUGUAGCAGAGCCAUGAGUCAUUUAGUGACACCAAGGAUCAAUGCAGAUGGUAUUACUUCUGGAAGAUGUAAAAUGACUUUGGUUUCAAUUAAAAAAAGAAUAUCGGUACUUCUCAACUGAUUCAGCUAAUGCAAAAGUUUUCAACCUAUGUACAAAAAAUACAACUACAGUCAUUAAUAUCAAAGGUAACGUUGCUUAAUUCUUGCAGUUUGUAUGUCACUGAGUACAAAAUUUGUAUGUACCAUGUUGAGUAAAAGGUAAACAAAUAGAUUGUGAAAAUAAUUGAGCAAAAUCUAGCAGUUUCAACUGUAAAAAAAUGAACCCCUUAUAUUCUUGGAAAUAGUGUUUGUUAAAGUGGUGAUGUAUUGUAACACUAAACAGCUGUUGGAGUUUUGCUGAUCUAAAUGACUGUUCAGCUGUUUUUUUGAGACAUGUAAGUUUAAGAAGAAGGGUGAUGCCUCUUUUGUUACCCACAGCUGUUCUGAAUUACUUAAGUGGUAGAUACUGAGUUGUGUUGGAAAGCUUUAACCAGAGGUAAGGGAUACAGAUUGAUGUUGAAGAAAAAGAGGCUAUUGUGAACUGAAAAGAAGGCUAUUUCCAGAUGGAAGGAUGAACAAACAACUACUUAUGAUCCAUAAUAGAUUUUUUUUCUCUCGAACCUUGAUGCCUCAUAACAAACUGUUUCUUCAUUCACAAAAAUUAGACAUCAGGUGGAUUUUAGUCCUUUAUGUGAUGGGUAAGUCGAAUUAUGUUGCUUCCUUAGGUAGGUGUAACAGUACAGAAGCUGUGUCUUUUCCAACCUUUAUCUAAAAAUACUGCGAAGUAGUUGUUCACUUCUGCUGAAGGGUCAGAUGGAAAGCAAAGCAAACAAAAAAACAUUUGGUCACUGUAGUUUCACAAUUUCAGUCAUAUUUUUUCUGUUUGUUAAGCCCCCAAAGCUAUGUCCAUUGUACUGAUGUGCCAAUGUGUUAGAACCUUCCUAUGAAGUGAUAUCUGGGGGCACUGAUAGUCUGACACUUUGGUGUAUGACAGAUGUGUAUGUUUGAGAGCAGGUAUGCUUUUUGUAAUUUCUACACCAGUGUCAUGUUUUCAUUCCUUCAUCUGUUUUGUGGUGGCACAUGGAGCUCUGUCAUUAGUGGAUUAGCAUCAUUAGCUAGUAAGUGUCCAGGUGGAACUUUUAUUUGGAAGUCUUCAAGAGACAGUCCGUAAAUAACUGUUUGCUAAUUGUGUUUAUAAUAAUAAUCACCUGCUAUGUAACAGCCUAAAACUUCAUUUAUAAAACUAAAAGGGUAGAAGAGCAGUGUAGUGUGUAUUGGGUACUUCUUAUCAUGCUGUUCUGCUUGCAUACUCCGGGAAAAAUGCAGAAAAGGAAAAUUUACAGUUCUUAAUUUGUUUAAAAUUUUCUGCAACUUGUGAAAUACUUGUGGCAGAAUCCUUUUCCAACCACCACUCUGCAGCUUUUAACAAACUGUGGUACUUGCUUCACAGUGGCAGCAACAUCUCCCAAAGUCUGUAUCAACAAACUCUGGCAGCUAUAUUAACAUCAAAGGUGCCUGCUGCAGUGGUACUAUCUUGCUUGGCAAGAGGUCCAUUUAGAAUUUUAGCCUCAUAUAGUUUAG